AUGGCCCUUACUCAGCCAGAUACCAUGCGACGGCUCCAGAUAUGGUACAUGAGACCUCAUUUGUUGCCCAAUGGGGCCGCCCAGAAGCUCUCAUACCCGCUGGUAUCAGGCUCGCCUCGGAACAGACUAUCCGUCUCCGCGAGCUUCAUUCGGAAUCCUGGCCCGAACGACACGCUGGUGGUGGCGCACAAGCCGAGCCACGAAGGGCUCAUUGAAGUCUCGAAGACACGCUUUCGCUUCUUGCCGGUUGCGCCCGUCGUCGAUGAGCCGAAGCGAUCAGCGGAAGACACAGUGGACGCCAGCGUGCGCUUCUUGAGUUAA